AUGUCUGGUCUUUCGAGCUGCCCGCCCUCUGAGGACAAAGAAGAACCACAGGUGCCAGAAACUGUCAAGUCAGAUGAUGUCAUCCCGGUGCAUCUUUUCGACGACUCUACAGCAGCUCGUGGGAUAGUGUUAGUAUGGACAUUCCGAUUUGAGGAUGUUAUGAAUCCUCAAAAGUUGUGCGAUGCUCUGUCGGAACUCUUCGGUAUGAGUGGCUGGAGGAGAUUGGGCGGAAGGUUCAGAAUGAAGCCAGAUGGAGGUCUUGAGAUACACGUUCCUGAGAAAUUCACAGAAGAACGCCCGGCUGUGUUGUUCACUCAAGAGAACCAUGAUAUUCCAUUGUCUGAACAUCCCUUAGCAUCCAAAUUGCCUGAACCAAAUGGCAAGAUUAGUACCUAUCCCGGGCCGAAAGAAUUAUGUUCUCUUGGACUUAGCUCAAAAACCCCAAAGAACAUGGACGGCUAUGUCAAUAGCGAUGCACCCCAGUUCUGUCUACAUGUUCACACUUUCACAGAUGGCACUCUCGUUUCCAUCACCCACUCCCAUGUAUCGACUGACUUGAUGGGCUUGGCCUCUAUCUUUGAAGCCUGGAGCCUGGUUCUCGCUGGGAAGUCUGAGAAUGUUGCUCCUAUGGCGGGAUACCGUCAAGAUAUUUUUCACGACAUGCUCAAGUCUGCACCAGAGGAACGUCACGUCCUCGCAGACAGAAUUCUCGACCGCGGGAAAUUUUACGAAUGGGGUACACGUAGCCUAUCCGCGUCGCAGCAAUGUUCUGAUAUCCAAUCUCGAACAUUGUGUAUCCCGAGACACGCCCUGGACAAGAUGAUGCAGGAAGCGAAAGGCCAUCUUACAAGGGAAGAAACGCAAAACGCAAUGCCAUUUAUCAGCGAAGGAGAUGUGUUCACAGCUAUUGCAUGCCAAACACUGGCAAAGUACCAAGGCGAGGGCUCCCAAGAUGAAUUGUUGAAUAUCAUGGCAGUUGACCCUCGCAGUCGAGUAAAGUCCGUAUUCUCACCAGACGUAGCUUACGUCCAAAACUCCCCGACUAAUAUCUUCUACUUUUGUCGCGCCAACGAGGUCGUGGACAUGCCUAUAGGGAAGCUCGCGCUUCUGGUACGACAGACAAUACAGACACAGACCACUGAAGAGCAACUCAAGAUUACAACAGCUCUCUCUGUGGAUUCAAUGAAGGCUAUGGAGAUGCCAGUUAUUUUCGGUGGCGUAGAUAUGACUGCCCAGUUCAUGUCGAAUUGGACAAAAGGGAACCUUGCUGAGAAACUUGACUUUAGCCCUGCGAUUGCACGGCCGGCUGCAGCCGAAACCAGAAAAGGGAGACGUGGACAUCCUGUCUACUAUCAAGCGUCUGAUCCAUCACACAACACGGUCUCGGUCAUAUCAAGCGUGUUUGUGGUUGUGGGCAAAGAUUACGAAGGGAACACCUGGUUUUCAAAUUCUUUGCCGGCGGAAAUGUGGUCACAUUUAAUGGAGUAUCUAGAAAAGUUUCAAUAG